AUGAAGGAGCCUGUCAGCAUUUCUGCGCAGAACUCGAAAAACACGGCGCGGCCGACGCUCCAGUGCACCGGUGCGCCGUUUCCCGGCGGGAGCGACGUGGGCACCUCCAAGGUUCUCCUGGCGUACAAGAGCGCCACGCAGCACCUUACCGCGCCGGGACUCAAGGUGUCGAACAUAUCCAAAGCCGGCAUGGGGAUCCUUAAGCUGGCCACGUCGCAGUGGAAACAUCAGGAUAAGAAGGCGAGAAGCCGCUCUUCCAGCGUGGGCAACAGGUGCACGGCGCCCUCCUCCACCGAGCGCAGCAGCCCAUGCAAGCGAUCCGCGCUGGAUCAGCUGGCAGCGCUGGUGCUCAACGGGCAAUCUCGACUGCAGCAGCUGGCGCAGGAGCAGCCGCGUCAGGACGCGUCCGGCUCCACCAAGCCGCAAAACUCGUGGCGCAUCGUGGUACUGGGAGCGCCACGCGUCGGAAAGACCUCCAUCCUGCGGCGGUUCCUCCGCGACGGCUUCGAUGAGCUGUACGAGCCCACGUCCGAAGACUUCCACCGGAAAAUGUACGACAUCCGAGGGGAGACGUACCAAAUUGAUAUUCUUGAUGCCUCUGGAGAGAGGAGCUUCCCUGCAAAACGCAGACUCUCCAUCUUAACCGGCAACAUCUUCCUGCUCGUCUUCAGCCUGGACGAUCGCAAGUCCUUCGAGGAGGUGCGCGCACUGCGCACCGAAAUCGUGGCGGCCAAAACCGCUCUGCUCAAAUCCAAAGAGCGCGCACGAGUCCCCACCGUGAUCUGCGCCAACAAAGCGGACCUUCCCGAAAACGAGCGCGCCGUGUCCCGGGACGAGAUCCUGGAAGUGUUCGGGGACGGCUGCGCGUUCUUCGAGACCUCCGCCAAAGACAACGUGAACCUGGAGCAAGUGUUCGAGGCGCUGGCACAGCGUGGGGGACUGCCGCUGGAGACAGGACCUUCGCAGCACCGCAAAGUGUCCAUACGCUCUUACCAAGCGCUGCGAGCGGGCCGACAGCCCGGGCGAGGAGCCAACAAGUCGGCCGGGUCCGAGAUGCCGUGCGGGGCCCUCUACCCUCUCGCUCGCAGGCCGAGUUUCAGCACCGACCUCCGGCUGGUUCUCGGGCCGCACGCGUCAUCAGGGAAACAGAGCAAACCACUCGAGAGAUGCCAGAUUCAAUGAGACAAUUCAAUGUGGGGGAUAGACAGACCUGGAGAGAGUUGCUUUGGACAUCACAUAACUAGUUAUUCAGUUGUUUAUGGUGAAGUAUCUGAAACAGGAGUAGACUAAUUAUAGAUCUGAAUGUUUUGCUCUCACAGUCACUAAAACCUACUGUAUGUGUGCGUGUGUGUGGUUUUACCGUUUCUUGCCUGACUCUGAUGUUUACUUGUCAAUCAGUUUGGCAUUCAGACACAGGGCACUUUGGAUUCAGGUGU